AUGUCACUAUACGACUUUUACAUGUAUCUCAAAUACAUUGAGUUUUCAUCCGAGAACCUCGAGUUCUAUAUCUGGUUCAAGAACUACGAAGAGUCCUACAACAAAGGUCUUGCGUCCCGGUACGACAAGGACGAGGUGUUGGUUAAGACGGCGUCAGAAAGUGGAAGCGUAUCGUCGUCUGUCUUCAAGAAGAGCCAUUAUCACCUCAGUGAUGGUGAGGGAGAUGGAGACUCUGAGAAGGCAGCGGGAGAUACCCUCCACCGCAUCUCGAUGCUAAUCGCCGUUUCAGCCCCAUGCGCCGCCAGCAUCGCCCAUCCAUCCUGCCAUCCAGGUGGUCCCUGCGCCCCAUCAUCCAACCUUGCCUUCCCGACGACAACCUUCUUCCACAACUUCAACAACAGCCGAACCGCCGUCCUGCCGAGCGACCCGACCCCCGACCCCUCCCACCCGGCCAACAAGUCCGGCACCCUGGGCCUCCUGGCCCCUCAGCCGGGUCCCAUCCCGCCUUCGGAAAUCCAAACCAUCAUCAACCUCUUCCUCCUGCCGUCGUCACCCAAGGAACUGAAUAUUCCAAUGUCCCUCCGCCGCGCUGCUCUCGACGCACUUGCCGCCACGCCUCAGGGCACCCUACCAGAUCCGAAAAUCCUCCGACCGAUUGCGGACCACGUCUAUCAUUUGCUUCACUCGUGCUCACACCGAAAUUUUGUCAGACUGGGGGUGAGCAACGGAACGUUUGAGACGAUUUGCUUCGCUACGUUCUUGGGAUUCGUGUCGUUGGCGUUGGGCUUCUUGGUGGUUCUGGUCAGGGCGUUCACGGAAGGUAGGGGCGCAAGGAGCAGGUGGGAGAGUUUCGCCGGCUUUGGGUUCUGGGUGGUGGGUAUGAGUUUGGUGUUGAGCGGGUUGAGGGGUAGUUGCUUCUUUCUGUUGCUGUUCUCGAGGAGGCAAAGGCUGCCGUGGGAGAGGUUGAAUGAUGGGGAGAAAGCGGGAUCAAGGGAAGAUUUGGAAAUCAAUGGUGGACAGGAAGAAAAUGAGGAAGGUAAUGAGACGAAGAGGAGGUCUGUAAGACAAAGGGUAGGGAGGAUGAUGAUCUUUGACAAGAGGUUGAAGGUGCAGGAACGGAGUUUGAGGAGGUUGCAAAGGAAGAUUGUGAUGCAGAGUAUGGUGGGUGGGACGAUCUUUGCGGCCUUGUCGUCUGUGGUGUUCAUGUUUCUUCCGAUUUGGAAAGAGACGGUCUGUGAUGACUGA